GAUUUGCAGUGUUCAGCAAGCCUUUUGUUGAGAAGGUUUUCUCAGAUCAGUGAGUCAUGCUUUUGCUCUGAGCCGGCAAGCAGGCAGGCAGGCAGCAGUCAGUAGAGAGUAUUUUCUUUUCCUUCACAGUAUUUGCAAUCAGCGACAAGACAGAUCUUUCUGUCUCUUCUCCUACUUUUCUUUUUUUGAAUUUUUGAGGCUACAAAACAGUAGCUGUAUCAGCAUCACCACUGGAAACUAAACAAGCUGCACUAUAACACUGCCAAUCUUUUUUUUUUUUUAAAUCUCUCCAUUCUUUCUUCCUCUGCUUAAGUGUUGUGUUUUCACGGAUUGUGUCUGUAUAUUUGUCAUUUACGGAUUGGAUUGCAGCUCUGGAUUUUACUGAGAGCAGAUUGGACUUUGGUGACAGCAGCAGCAGCAGCAGCAGCAGCAGCAGCAGUCCAACACAACUGCCACUGUAACCUCUGUUGAGAAAAUUACAGUCAGGUGGCCUGUGAUUGCUAAAAGGCGUUUGCUGCCUGUGCCGCUGCUGCUAUGUUACAGGAGAGGGUAAUCAGCGCGGCUCAGCCACGUCUGCCAGCACACUUGUGAAAGAGGCAGGCUGUGCGCGUCGGUUGGUGGAGAGAGGGGAGAGAGCAAGAGAGAGAAGGGUAUGCUUCACCGUACCAAAUACAACCGCUUCAGGAAUGAGUCAGUAACAUCUGUCGAUGAGCUUCUCCACGGCCUGUCCAUGAAUCCCAAGGUCUCGGCUACCCCCCAGCCUGCAGCCGAGACAUCUUACACACCACCGACUGAGGUCCAGCCUGCCUCCACCACCACUGGUUCCAGCACCCCCACCAGCCAUGGGUCUGACCACCUGGAAGAUGGAGGCACCACCCUCUGCACCCUCAUCAACAAGGUGUCCAGCCUGAAAUUCAGCAACUCAGGCAGCUUGCUGGGCAUCAAGGGUUUGCCCUCGGCUGUCAAGGACCUGGCUGUGUCUAAGCUGCAGGGGGGUGGGGGAUCUGGCCCAGGCGGCUCCAGCGGCUCGAGCCCCAGUGCGGCAACAACAACAGCAGCGGCGGCGGCGGCAGCAGCAGCCUCUGGUGUGGGCGGCUCACUGUGCAGCUCAGCCUCUCAUUCAACCCCCUGCUCGCUGCUGGAGUCAGCUGUCAGCAUGAGUAAAAAGAGCAGGCUGGAUGAGUUUCAGCCUGCAGGAGAGGAAUGGAAUCCUGGUGGAGGUGGUGGACUGGUCAGCAAACCCUCCAGAGGAUGGCUACACUCGAGUGACAAGAUCUCUGGUCCAGGAGUGACAUACAUUGUCAAGUACCUGGGCUGUAUAGAGGUUCUUCGGUCAAUGAGAUCACUGGAUUUCACCACAAGAUCACAAAUAACAAGGGAAGCCAUCAGCCUGGUGUGUGAGGCUGUUCCAGGGACCAAAGGAGCUCUGCGGAAGAGAAAGCCACCAUCCAAAGCUCUGUCCAGUAUCCUGGGCAAGAGCAACCUGCAGUUCGCUGGCAUGUCCAUCAACCUAAACAUUUCCACCAGUAGCCUCAACCUGAUGACGCCUGACUGCAAACAGAUCAUUGCCAACCAUCACAUGCAGUCCAUCUCCUUUGCAUCCGGCGGAGACCCCGACACGACAGAUUAUGUUGCCUAUGUAGCAAAGGACCCUGUUAACAGAAGAGCAUGUCACAUUCUGGAGUGCUCCGACGGUCUGGCCCAGGACGUCAUCAGUACCAUCGGUCAGGCCUUUGACCUCCGCUUUCAGCAGUACCUGCAGUGUCCCCCGAGCAAGCCGCCCUCCACACACGACAGGGUAUUAAAUAUGGAGGAGCUGCCGUGGACAGAAGAAGAGGAGGAGUCAGCAGAACAUCCGUACUAUAACAACAUCCCCGGGAAGAUGCCACCACCCGGAGGCUUCAUCGACACCAGGCUGACCAAUCACAACGCAGCAACUGAUGGUUGCCAGAUGGGUCCAGGGUCUGUAGAUCAGACAUAUUACCAAGGACGGCAUUGUGGAGAAAACUGGGGUGAUGAAAGAAAGCCCAUAUUCAUACAACAGGGCUCGUUUGAUAUAAGCAGUCUGCCUGAGAGCAAAGGCCCAGCGCCAAAAGCAGCGGAGAUGCCCAUGUAUGUGAACACCCAGCAGAUCGACGCCCAGGUCCUCGCAGCCCUUCAGGCAGAAGCAGAACAUGUGACAAAGGGUAUGGCAGCUGCAGCCAAAGAGAGCCCACAGAAGGACCUGUUUGACAUGAAGCCCUUUGAGGAUGCAAUUCAGUCUCAGUCCCAUCCACCGGGCCAGGGUCCAGUCCAGGUCCAAAUGUCUGGUCUUCACAAGACGGCGUCCGUGGACAACUCCAGCCCUCUUCUCGUGCGCUCGCUGGCCUUCCGGGCGCAGGAGGAGCUCGAGGGCCAGACGUGGUAUCAUGGCAAAAUGAGCCGCCGCGAGGCCGAGAAAUUGCUGAAAGAAGACGGGGACUUCCUGGUGCGCAAGAGCACGACCAACCCAGGGUCCUAUGUACUGACAGGCAUGCACAAUGGACUUGCCAAACACCUGCUACUAGUGGACCCUGAGGGCACGGUACGGACAAAAGAUCAUGUAUUUGACAGCAUUAGCCACCUUAUCGGACAUCACCGUGACAACAAUCUGCCGAUUGUGUCAGCCGGGAGUGAACUGUGUCUCCUGCAGCCAGUUGGAAGAAAACAGUGAUGCUUGAUGUGAAAGGCCGACGGUGAACAGGAAGCUCCGAACAGUCUCUCCUACAUCCUGAAACUUGAAGAUGAAACAAUGAACAGAAGAUGCUUAAAGGAUCUAUGCGCCGACAGUGUUUGUGUGUGUGUGUGUGUGUGUGUGGGGGGGGCGCGCUGGAAAACCACGCAAGAUCCGUUUGAGAUAAAAGAAAUGAUUUAUAGAACUGUUA